UUGAAAACAUUACCUAUUAUAAAAUGCAAGAUAAAAUGGCCACUAAUACUUGUGAUAUUUGUGCACAAACCACCGGCAUUACAGACGAGGUCCUUUUUUAUGGCGAAUGGAUGAAGAAACAAGACAUCACCGUGCACUACUACUGUCUGCUUCUGUCCACAAAUUUACCACAACGGGGCGGCGAUUCUUCCGGCAUUCUUGGAUUUCUAAUACGCGACAUUCGCAAUACUGUGAACUUGUCAAAGCGCUUAAAGUGUACUUACUGUGAAAAGCCAGGCGCCAAUAUUAUGUGUUCUGGAUGCCGGAUAUAUUUUCAUUUGGUGUGUGGACAUACUCAUCAUGCUACCUUUCAGUUUUGCCGUGAGUUUCGCAGCUUCUGCAGCAAUUGCAUUCCACUAGACGAAUACAAGUUGGAGUUGCUGGCCAAACCACCCAAUGAUCCAAUUUGCGACAUUUGUCUUCAACAAAUUGGCGAUUUCACAUUGCCAAGAAUUGUCUAUGGUGAUUGCUGCCGGAAAGGAUUUGCCCAUCGCAUUUGCAUGCAGCGUUAUGCACUUGCUUCCGGAUACUAUCUACGCUGUAUUUGGUGUCGCAAGGAGGAGUUCCGAGACCUAAUACGUCUGCAGUCUGUCUUUGUGCCAGAUCGUGAUGCAACGUGGGAACGAGAGCGGGCCGCAUUCAGUGAGCUGUAUUACAAACGAGUUCGCUGCGAUUUAAGUCAGUGUAAAUGUCCAUAUUCACGCGACUACAACAAAAAUUCAUGGACAAUUUUAAUGUGCAACUUGUGUGCAGCUUCUGGUGCACACCUAAAAUGCAUUCCAAGUCGAAAAUGUUCCUCGCAAAACAACUUCAAGUGCCCCAUAUGUCUUGAGGUUGAAAGGAAAUUGCCACGCAACAAAGGAAAUAGCAACAUUGACCAGAGCGAUCGUCCUUCUACUCCUCGUUCGCAUGAAGACCGCAUCGAUUCAUCAUAUUAUGUCCAAAAAUCAUUCGACAAUGAUAAGUCGGUUUCUCAGGCCCAAUUAUCACCUAUGUUCUCAGAUGAUGACACCACAUCGAGUAUCAGCCAAAUAACUGUCAUAGCCACUCAAAACUAUGACCCUGAUAUUAUAGUGCCCAUUGAAAAUGUAAAGCCCCGGCUAGUGCUCAAGGAAUGUUAUAACAUUAAAAAUGAGCCGUAUUUCUAUGUCGAAUUCUACGAGUUUGAUAAUCAAACUGGUGGCUGCAUUGGCACGUGCACUAUGCGAUUUUCAGAGACAGAUGAGCGUGUCAGGGACCACUCGCAAAAAGCCUUGGAGGAAAUACAAAUUACUGAAGAAGAUGUUUGGUCGAGGGACUCUAAUCGCGGCAUCUAUGAGGAGAUUGAUAAAUUCAUAGAAAAGUAUUAUCAUUAAAAAAUGUCAACAAUAUGUAUUAUACUAUGUAUAUCAUUUGAGUUAAAA